AUGCAACCGGACGAAGCCUACGCGCGACAACCUCUCCACCUACCGAUGCCCACGGCUUCCGACGACCGUCUAGCAAUGCAGCCAACAUAUUCGGUGGAAAAUGUAAACAACUCCCAAGCGUACGGUCAACAGUAUGAGCAGCAACUGCCUGCUGGCGGGGAUGUGGGAUACGGCAGAAGCGAUUACAUUGUUUCCCCAGAGGAACAUCACGACGCCUAUUACAACCAGCCGUACUCUCCACAUCCACAAGCGGACUACGCCUUGGAACCCUAUCCUACAAAUCCCGACAGCUAUCGACCCGAGAGUGACAACGUGCCAAUCCUUCACCCGGAUUCGGCCUAUGGUCCAGAUCCGCACACUCUGCCAGGGGUGGACUACGAAGACUACGGUGACGAGACCCCACAAUAUACACCACCUCCAGGGCCGAUCAGGAGAUGGAAGACGGUCAAGGAGGUACAACUGUUCAACGGAAAUCUAGUGCUUGACUGCCCCGUGCCGCCAAAGCUUCUGGCCAACGUUCCCCACGCGCAACCUCCGGAGAGAGAUGAGUUCACACAUAUGAGAUAUUCGGCAGCAACGUGUGACCCGUCCGAAUUCUACGAUGAGAGAUUCACACUGCGGCAGCGACUGUUUGCAAAGCCCAGACAGACCGAGUUGUUUAUUGUCGUGACAAUGUACAAUGAGGACGAGUUCUUGUUUGCCCGCACAAUGAUCGGCGUCUUCAAAAACAUCGAGUUUAUGUGUAACCGUAAUUCCAGCAAGACAUGGGGAAAAGAGGCAUGGAAGAAAAUCGUCGUUUGUAUCGUCAGCGACGGCCGCGCCAAAAUCAAUCCGCGAACCAGAGCCGUUCUGGCUGGUCUGGGCGUCUAUCAAGAUGGGAUCGCCAAACAGCAAGUGAAUGGCAAGGAUGUUACGGCUCAUAUUUACGAGUAUACAACUCAGGUUGGUCUGGAACUCAAGGGCACUCAGGUGUCUCUGAAGCCUAGGUCUGCCACGCCUGUGCAACUGCUCUUCUGUCUGAAGGAAAAGAAUCAGAAGAAGAUCAAUUCCCAUCGCUGGUUCUUUCAAGCAUUUGGUCGAGUGUUGGAUCCCAACAUAUGCGUCCUGAUCGAUGCGGGCACCAAACCUGGGAGGGACUCCAUCUAUCAGCUGUGGAAGGCUUUUGACCUGGAACCCAUGUGUGGUGGAGCUUGUGGUGAAAUCAAGGUCAUGUUGGAUCACGGCAAGAAACUGUACAACCCCCUUGUGGCGACUCAAAACUUCGAAUACAAGAUGUCCAAUAUCCUGGAUAAGCCACUCGAAUCGGCCUUUGGCUUCAUUUCGGUGUUGCCUGGUGCGUUCUCCGCAUAUCGCUACGUCGCUUUGCAAAACGACAAGAAUGGCGAGGGUCCUCUGGAAAAGUACUUCAAAGGGGAAACCAUGCACGCUGAUGCAGGCGUCUUUACCGCCAACAUGUAUCUCGCCGAAGACCGGAUUCUCUGUUUCGAGCUGGUCAGCAAACGGAAUUGCCGCUGGAUUCUGCAGUACGUCAAAUCGGCCACUGGGGAGACUGACGUCCCUGACAAGAUCCCGGAAUUCGUGCUGCAAAGACGACGCUGGCUGAAUGGUUCAUUCUUUGCGGCCGUCUACGCCGUUGCCCAUGUAUACCAACUCGGGCGAAGUGAUCAUAGUUUUUUCCGCAAGCUCAUGUUUCUGGUCGAGUUCAGCUACCAGACCAUCAAUAUGCUCUUUGCUUGGUUUGCCAUCGGCAAUUUCUUCCUGGUUUUCAGACUCUUGACAUCCUCGCUGGGGACGAAAGAGACGCUGGGCACGGUAGGCACAGUGUUGGGGGUUGUCUUCGAAUUCGUCUACCUCGCGACGCUCCUGUAUUGCUUCAUCCUCUCCAUGGGCAAUCGGCCUCAGGGAAAUCCCAAAUCAUACUUGAUGAUGGUGAUUUUCUGGUCGGUGCUCAUGGUCUGGUUGACCUUUGCCUCUGUUUUCUUGACCGUCAAAUCGAUCCAGGCCGAGAUCAACGAAAAGGACUUCAGCUUCUCGACCAUUUUCAACAACAGCACCUUUUUCGGCCUCAUUGUCUCCCUCGCAAGCACAUAUGUUCUCUGGUUCGUGGCGAGCUUCUUGUUCUUCGAUCCAUGGCAUAUGUUCACUUGCUUCCUCCAAUACAUAGUCCUCACGCCGACUUACAUCAACGUGCUGAAUAUCUAUGCAUUCUGCAACACGCACGAUAUCACCUGGGGUACAAAAGGAGAUGACAAGGCCGAGAAGCUCCCCAGUGCCAAUGUCAAACCUGGUGGAAAGGUGGAUGUGCUGAUACCUCAGGACGACGGGGAUCUGAAUGCUCAAUACGAUGCUGAGCUGACCAAGUUUGCCACGAAACCGGCCAAAGAAGUUAAAAUAGUCAACCCAGCUGAGAGGCAGGAGGACUAUUACAAGUCAUUUCGAAGCAAUGUUGUCACAGCAUGGAUGAUUACAAAUUUCAUCUUGGUUGCUGCAGUCUUGAACAUUGCAGGAUUUGAUAAGAUCAACGUCCAUGACACCGAGCAGCAGAACUCGACAAUCUACUUGGCUGUUAUUCUAUGGUCAGUGGCCGGUUUAUCUCUCUUCAGAUUCAUCGGCGCGGUUUGGUUCUUGAUCGUGAGGCUGUUCCGUGGUGUUUGA